ACCGCGCCGACCCCACGGGAGGGCGCCAAACGCGUCACGCCGCUGAUUCAAACGCGUGUCUCGCAAACAGCGCAUUGAAGAAGGGGGCCGCGAGAGAGAGAGAGAGGGGAGAGGAGGGAGGGGGAGCACUCACACUCACUCAGAGCGCACGAGUCAAUGAGGGCGAGACGCCGCGACGCGAGCCACGCGCAGUCACACGCCGCGAGGAACACGGGCAGCACGGGAGGAGAAGGAGGAGCACCGCCAGCGUCAUAUCAACCCGGCAGGGCAAAGGGGCACGGCUAAAACAUCUGACACAGAGACUGAAGACAAUUCGAGAGACGCAACAACAACCACAGCAACAAGAAGAAAGCGAGCGGGGUCUCUCUGGGUCGCCUUGACUCUUCACAGGAGUGACAGCUUCUCUGGCAGCUUGUAUGAGCCUUCGGAAGACGGUGACAGCCAUGGACGAGUGAUGCCGUGGUCAGCGAGCUGUGUCGGUCUGAGCUGACCUUCUCGUCCGCGAGCUGGCGGCCGUGAGGGUUUGAAUCUGGGUCCCGGGGUGGAGGAGGAGUGACGAGGAGGAGGAGGAGUGCUGCAAGUGGCGCAGGCGGGGGAAAAAAAGUCUCUCUGGGUUUGUCGUCUCGAAAAUAAAAAUCACAGCGCAGGAGAAGGCGGCAGGGCCGUCAGCCAGGGACCUGGGGGCAAAGAUGACGUGGCAAUGCACAGGAGAUGUUGGUGUGGCCAUCGGGGCUGCCAUGCCCGCUCUCUGGAUCCUCCUCUCGUUCUGCGUCCUCAGUGGUGAGGCUGGCAGCAGGCCGGCGGCGCUGCUGUCGCGGCCGAAGCGGCAGGCGCUCUCCGUGGGCGAGUGGGGGCCCUGGUCUGCCUGGAGCCCGUGCUCCCUCUCCUGCGGCGGCGGCGUCACCCUCCGGAGCAGGCGGUGCGCCUCCAGAUUUCCGGACACAGAACCCUGUCAGGGGGAUGAGCGCCAGUACCAGGCCUGCAACAUGCUGGUGGAAUGUCCUCAAGGCUCGGUAGAUUUCAGGGAAAUGCAGUGCACCUUAUACAACGACCGCCCAAUCCGGGGACACGGAGGAAUAUUUCAGUGGACUCCCUUUCACGGAGCUAUAAACCAGUGCGAGCUGAACUGCCUCGCCACGGGACAGAACUUCUAUUACAACUUUGGCCGGGUGCUCGAUGGGACUCGCUGUGGCAUGGACUUGGGCCAACUUUGUGUCAAUGGUCAGUGCCUGACUGCGGGUUGUGACCUCAUCCUGGGAUCGGGAGCCAAGGAGGAUGCCUGCCGCGUGUGCGGGGGCCACAACGAGACCUGCCAGCACUUCCGGAGCAUCUUCAUGUCUUCGCACCCCUCUACCGGCCACUUCGGCUACAGCGAGGUGGCCACGAUCCCGGCCGGUGCCACACACAUCCGCGUGAGCGACAACAGUCGCAACUACCUGGCGCUGAUGAAUGGCCACCGUCGUUACGUGAUCAACGGGAACUGGGUGAUCGACUGGCCGGGCGAGUACGUGGUGACGGGAACCAAGGUGCUGUACAAGCGCUCAGCGGACAAACAGGAAACCAUGGAGGCGGCUGGGCCGACGGGCGAGGACCUUCACGUCAUGGUGCUAUUCCGUGAGCAGAACCCUGGCAUUGAAUAUGAGUACUGGCUGCCCAGCGAGAGGCACAGCCGCAUACAGGAAACGCAACGUGCUCUCCUGGAUGCGGGCUGGCCCGCCGACCUGCUGCCCUGGCCACCGGUCAUCAGCACGACCCCUCCUACCACCACCACUACUGCCACGACCACCACCACCACCCCAUAUCGGCCUCGCUUUCCACAUGGCUGGCCAGGAUUUUGGCCACACCAACAACCACAUCAACAACCUCAACAGCAGUCCCACCCACCUGACCAGCAGCAACCCCACCACCAGCUACACCAUCAUUAUCCUCAUUCACAACCUCAUCACCAUCCCCAUCAGCCUCAUCAGCAAUCCCAGCUGCAGAUGCACCAGCCUCACCAGCAGCAUCAGCAGCAGCCUCACCACCAACAUGAGCAACCGAGGCACUAUCCCCACGAGCCUCAUCAGCAAUCUCAGGUGCAGAUGCACCAGCCUCACCAGCAGCAUCAGCAGCAGCAGCAGCCUCACCACCAACAUGAGCAACCGAGGCACCAUCCCCACGAGCCUCAUCAGCAAUCUCAGGUGCAGAUGCACCAGCCAUACCAACAGCCGCAGCAGCCGCCCCCCCACCACAAACCUCUCCAUCAUGAGCAGCACCACGAGCAGUCGCACCAACCUCAGCAGCCCCCCCCGGAGCGCCAGCGCUACGGCGCUCCCCCUGCACACGGGCAGCAACGCCCGCACGCCAGCGCCGUCGCGAGCUACGGAGACCACCGCCAGCACCAGCAGCAGCAGCAGCACCAGCAGCAGACCCCCAACCGGGUCCCGCAGAGUGGCCAGCAGGGGCACGGCGCGGCAGGGCCCCGCGACGCCGCGUCCCCUCCGCGCCACGACGUCCAGAACUCGGUGCAGCAGCGCUACGAGCCCCCACGGAGCGUCCUGCGGCCACGCCUGCCCCCGCCUCCUCCCCCAGAAUAUUGCUCACGGUGCAAGAAGGUCCGAGGAAGGUCAAACAGGAUCAAGCAGUUCUGUGAGAAGGAUUUCGUAUUCCGCGGCAAGGUGCUGGGCAAGAAGACGAUGGGCCUGGAGACUCGCUACGAGGUGCAGGUGACGCGCACGUACAAGAGCGACUUCCCGCUGACGACGCGCGAGUACGUGUGGGUGCCCAACGUGUGCGAGUGCCCGCGCGUGCUGGAGCACCGCGAGUACGUCUUCAUGGCACGCCGUCACGUCAACUUCGAGCGCACGCUCAACCGCAUCCUCCUGGAGCACGACAGCUUCCUGAGGCUCUUCCGGCCCGAGGAGACGCGUCUCAUGAAGGGCCUGGCCGACCUGUGCCGCAAGCGCAAGCUCAACCCCGGCGCUGCGGGCUAGCGGGGCAAGUGGCUGGCGGCCAGUGGAGCCUGCUGUGCUCGGUACCCCUCCACCGCCCCCCCCCCCCGUGCCCACGAAACAGACCCUGAGGACAUAUUUGUUCCACUUCGCUGCCUGCCCUUCCUUCCGUCUUUUCAGCGACUUAACGGCUGUGACUGACUACUGCUGCUGCUGCGUGCCGGGCGGCCGUGGCAGGUGGGCCCGAUGAAGCCGCUCGCUUCCGCUCAAGCCGAACGCGAAUGUUCGCCAAAGAUGACAGAGCAGACAUUGGGCUCGUGUUGCUGCUCAGUGAGGUGCUGCGGGGGCCCUGACGAGUGAAGAGGCAAAAGUGGCUCAAUUCUUCCGACCAAAAAAAACCCAGAAUGACACACUUCGAUUUGUACUUUCUUGUUACACUUCUGCUGCAUCCAUACACGGAGGAAAAUGGGCUUAAAGGAGACCGGCUUUAUUGGCGUGUUUACCUCAAAACUGUUAGCUGGUAAAGGCAAAGGUCAAUGAUUGGCCAAGAAUGCGGCUUGUCUCAUCCGUGCAUUUAUUACACGUACAUAAUUAUAGGCAGCUUCAAGUGGUGUACAAAUGCAGCGGUAGUGCUGGCUACAGCCUGUGGCUCAAUGUGCUUCGCUGAUCCGGUGAAUGAGGAGCACGCCAUGUUGAGAGGUUGUGCUGCCCAUUUCAAAAGAGAAGCACAACCCUCUCUUUCCAUUUGCAUGUCCCUUGUCGCAGCUUUACAAGCACUUACUCGAGUUAAUUAUUUCCUGCCAGACAACGGUGUUAAUCAGUGACCAGAGACGCCUUGCAAAGAGACUCAAAAUCUAGAAGAACCAGUAUGGUAAUGACGUGUGUAUGAGUCUCUUACUAAGGACUAAAGCUGAGAGGUAAAAACUAUUAAACAAUUAAAAUAUUUUUUUAUUUUACCAGAAAAGGUUCACUGAGCUAUGUAGCUCUUUUUCAGAAGCGAUCUGGCCUCAGACGAUAGCUCAAAAAAGUGGCUU